CCUCAAUGUGUACAUCGAGGAUAUAACAAGUCGCACGUUAUUGCGUGUGUUUUGCGAUUUCUAUAUUUUUUGAACAGACACGUACGUGAAAGAGUCCUAGCCCUUAUCUUUAUCUCUGAGUCGUUGAAUCCAAGAUGUUAUCAGCUGCGAGGCUGUGUCGAUUUCCUGUGACUUCAUUGGUUGCUGGAACUCUUAAAAGCACACCCAAGACAUGCAAAAUUGUGACAAAACCAUUGAACUGUACAUGUCUGGUUACGAGGAGUGAAAAUUAUGCUUCUCAAGCCAGAACACGCAUUGGAUUUGGGAAGAAGAUGGCUCCCACCAAGUCCAAGACAAGUUCGCUAAAGGAGGCCAUCAUGGCACCUGCGGGAGAUUCUGCUUUCACCCUUGGUCGAGGACUUGUUGCUGGUGCAUCAGUGAUAGGCAUUGGUGCACUGUGUUACUAUGGAUUAGGACUUUCAAAUGAGGUUGGAGCUCUUGACAGAUCUGCAUUAUGGCCCGAAGAGGUGAAACAACGCAUCAAGUCCACAUACAUGUAUUUUGGAGGAGGGUUAGCUGUAACAGCUGUAUCAGCCCUUGCUAUUGCAAGAAGUCCUGCCAUGAUGAACAUGAUGAUGAAAAAUUCUUGGUUGGCCAUUGGGGCAACAUUCGCAGCUAUGAUAGGCAGUGGAAUGAUCGCCCGAUCUAUUCCAUAUAAAGAAGGUUUUGGUGCCAAACAGGUGGCGUGGAUGGUUCACGCUGGAAUCAUGGGUGCUGUGGUGGCACCACUCACACUUCUCGGUGGGCCUCUGCUGGUCAGGGCUGCGUGGUACACAGCUGGCAUCGUUGGAGGCCUUUCGACUGUUGCUGUCUGUGCUCCAAGUGAAAAGUUCUUGAACAUGGGCGGUCCUUUGGCUGUUGGUCUUGGACUUGUAUUCGCUUCUUCCAUUGGUGGUAUGUUCCUUCCUCCCACCACCGCCCUGGGUGCUGGUCUUUACUCUAUCAGUAUCUACGGGGGACUUGUAUUAUUUGGAAUGUUCCUUCUUUAUGACACACAGAGAAUCAUAAAAAAAGCAGAGACGUAUCCAGUUUAUGGAAUGGCACCUUAUGACCCAGUAAAUGAAUCUAUCAGUAUCUACCUCGACACGUUAAAUAUCUUCAUUCGACUUGCCAUGAUUCUUGCUGGUGGUGGCGGACGGAGAAAAUAAACUUGCUCCACUUAGGACGAAAUCAUGGAAUGUGCUAAAGGAUGAUCAGUUUCGAGGAUUAAACAUCAUUCUUGGACCUGAGGACUGUGUGCAGAAUCAUCUCCUUGUGAAUAACUAGACUGCACAAUUUCGGAUAUGCUUCGAGUAAUAGUCAGUUUACUCCCAUCUGUAGUUACCAUCUGUGUACCUCCCAUCAAAAAUUUAUAAGGCGAGCUUAUAUAUUUUGGCUACCAUGUAAUAGCAUGUUGAACCAGAAUUGCAUGUCAAGUAUGUAUUGAUAGGCUUUUAGCUUAGCUUACUUUCUUCAGAGAAGGUCGACAUGUCGUUUACCCUUCCAUCCACAAAGACACUAAUUCAUACUGAUAGGAUGAUACUGCAGUUUCACUGACCUAGGAACGUUUCUGAAUAAUCAUCAAAUGAGAUAUAUUGGGCACCAUUUUCAAAAUGUUCAAUUUGGAUAGGCAAUGGGUUGGCAAUACCAAGUAGUUUGAAUAUCAUGGCCACGCGUACCAGCUUGACCUUUGGUUGACUUGUAACAAUCUUAGAUCAUUGAAUCUAGAGUAUCAUGAUACUCUUGCUUUGAUACAUGUGGUCAUGAGUUUAGAAACACACUUCAUAUAUUAGUCAGAUAUGUUAACUUAAUGGUUUGAGGUGGUGUUAUUGAUAUCUGAUGAACUAUACUUGUAAAUUGCUGUGAUAAUAAAAUGAUA